CAGCAAUGACUCGUGACAGAAGAACUGACCCACAUGGAUCUAGCGGCUGUCUAUUCUGCUACUCAAGCAAGGGGACCGUCCAGUUGAAGAUCACGUCCAUGAGUUCUUAGAAUUAGCGUAUUUAGUGCACUAUCCAGACUGCUCUCUGGUGGUUUUCUUCCAGACCGGAUCUGAAUAGUGCACUGAAGGAACUGAUGCCUCCGGCUUAUCCUCACUGGACCCUUUGUGAAUAUGUGGAGAAGGCUCUGGAACUUUGCAGUGCCCAUUACACAGUGGAUUAUGGCGGGAACCCCAGGCCAAAACCUGCAUCUUCGGCUCCUUGCUCCAAGCCUUCCACGGCUCCUUGCUCCAAGCCUGCCACGGCCAACGAGCCAGCACCCACGCCUGCCACGGCCAACGAGCCAGCGCCCACGCCUGCCACGGCCAACGAGCCAGCACCCAUGCCUGCCACGGCCAACGAGCCAGCACCCACGCCUCCAUAGAGAUUGUUCCCCAGAUGCUGCCAGUGCUCACGACCACAGAGAUCGUUCCGCAGUCUCUGCCAGUGCUCACGAUCACAGAGAUCGUUCCCAAGUCGCUGCCAGUGCUCCCGAUCACGGAGGUCUGUUCCCAGUUGCUGCCAGCUCUCUUCGAGCCUCCCACGGCUCUACCUUCCAUGGCCUCUUCCCUGGAGCCUCCCUCGGCUCCACCUUCCAUGGCUUCACCCCUCAAGCCUCCCACGGCUCCACCUUCCAUGGCUUCGCACCUCAAGCCUCCCAUGGCUCCGCCUUCCAUGGCUACGCCCCUCGAGCCUCUCACGGCUCUGCCUUUCAUGGCUUUGCCCCUCAAGCCUCCCACGGCUCUGCCUUCCAUGGCUCCACCCUUAGAGCCUUCCAUGGCUCCACCCCUCAAGCUUCGCCAGGCUCUGCCUGUCUUCGUCGAGCCUCUCCUGGCUCCGCCCUCAGAGUCUUCCACGGCUCCGCCCUCAGAUUCUUCCACGGCUCCACCCUCAGAGUCUUCCACGGCUCCACCCGCUCCUCCAGAGACUCCUCCUACAGCGGUUCCGCCCACUCCUACAGAGACUCCUCCUCCAGUGGUCCCGCCCACUUCUCCAGAGACGACUCCUCCAGCGGUCCUGCCCGCUCCUCCAGAGACGACUCCUCCAGCGGUCCCGCCCGCUCCUCCAGAAAUGACUCCUCCAGCGGUCCCGCCCGCUCCUCCAGAGAUGACUCCUCCAGCGGUCCACCCGCUCCUCCAGAGAUGACUCCUCCAGAGGUUCCACCCGCUCCUCCAGAGAUUUUUCCUCCAACGGUUCCAUCCACCCUCCCAGAGACUCCUCCUCCAGUGGUUCCACCUGCUCCUCCAGAGACGACUCCUCCAGCGGUUCCGUCCACCCUCCCAGAGAGUCCUCUUACAGCGGCUCCGCCCGCCCCUCCUCUAGCGGCUCCGCCGCCUGACCCAAUCCCUGCCAUGUGGCCACUAUCCAGGCCUCUUGACUCAGUCCUAGCUCUGUGGCCGCCUCCCAGGCCUCCUGACCCAGUCCCUGCUUUGUGGCCGCCUCCCAGGCCUCCUGACUCAGUCCUAGUUCUGUGGCCACCUCCCAGGCCUCCUGACCCAGUCCCCGCUUUGUGGCCACCUCUCAGGCCUCCUGACCUAGUCCCGGCCCUGUGGCCACCUCCCAGUCCUCCUGACUCUAUCCCAAACCUGAGGCCGCCUCCCAGACCUCCUGACCCAGUCCCUGCCCUGAGGCCGCCUCCCAGACCUCCUGACCCAGUCUCUACCCUGUGGCACCCCCCCCCCCAAGACCUCCGGACCCAAUCCUUAACCUGGGGUCUCCUCCCUGGCCACCUGGUCAUCUUCCGGGUCCUCUUCCUCACCUAUAUCUUCCUGCCCUCCUCAGCCAUCUUUGGGGUGCCAGGAGUCGCCCCUUAAAGGGGGGGUUAUGUCACAAUCUGUUUCCAUCAUGGGGUAACCUCCUCGUGGUCACUAUAAUGUGGUUCUCGCUCUCGGUGGGGCACAUGGUGAGUUGUGCAUGGAUGCUGCGGAGAAUAGCAUGAAGCCUCCACAUGCGCUAUGUCUCUGUGGUAACGCGCUUAACAAGACACGUGAUAAGAUGCGCAGAUUGACAGUCUCAGAUGCGGAGGCAACUGAUAUUCGUCCUCCGCCACCACAAGGACCCAGAGCACAUUGGGAAUUGGGCAUUCCAAAUUGGGGAGAAAAAAAAAAAAGGAAAGUAGAAGUAGCUCUGAUUCUUGACAUAUGUGCUUCUC